AACUUUGACCAUUUUCAGAUUCUGCGGGCCAUUGGCAAAGGGAGUUUUGGAAAGGUAUGCAUCGUGCAGAAGCGAGACACGAAGAAGAUGUACGCCAUGAAGUACAUGAGCAAGCAGAAGUGCAUCGAGAGGGACGAGGUUCGGAACGUCUUCCGGGAGCUCCAGAUCAUGCAGGGGCUGGAGCACCCCUUCCUGGUCAACCUGUGGUACUCCUUCCAGGACGAGGAGGACAUGUUCAUGGUGGUGGACCUGCUCCUGGGCGGGGACUUGCGCUAUCACCUGCAGCAGAACGUUCACUUCAGCGAGGGGGCCGUGAAGCUGUACAUCUGUGAGCUGGCGCUGGCCCUGGAGUAUCUGCAGAGGUUUCACAUCAUCCACAGAGACAUCAAGCCAGACAACAUCUUGCUGGAUGAACACGGACAUGUUCACAUCACAGACUUCAACAUAGCGACGAUCGUGAAAGGAGCAGAAAAGGCUUCCUCCAUGGCCGGGACCAAGCCCUACAUGGCCCCGGAAGUGUUCCAGGUGUAUGUGGACGGAGGCCCCGGCUACUCGUACCCUGUCGACUGGUGGUCCCUGGGGGUCACAGCCUACGAGCUGCUGCGGGGCUGGAGACCGUAUGAAAUCCACUCGGCCACACCCAUCGAUGAGGUCCUCAACAUGUUCAAGGUGGAGCGCGUCCACUACUCCUCCACAUGGUGCAAAGGCAUGGUGGCCCUGCUCAAGAAGCUCCUGACCAAGGACCCGGAGAGCCGCCUGUCCAGUCUUGGUGAUGUUCAGAGCGCACCCUACUUGGCCGACAUGAACUGGGAUGCGGUGUUCGAGAAGGCGCUGACGCCUGGCUUUGUGCCUAAUCUCUGGAUGGACGGGUCCUCAGAGAGCACCCCUGGCGGACUUGAGCCUGUGGAAAGCCCGAGCAGUGACGGACCCAAGCAGGCAGCGGCGGCGGGUCANCAAGCAGGCAGCGGCGGCGGGUCGCACUGUGCCUGUGCUGGAAGAUGCUUCACUUGGAACCCAGAGAAUCCAAAUUCUUUCCUUCUAAAUGAAGAUGAAAACGAGAUCUUCGUCCUUGUGUUGUCGAGGGUUCGCCUCUGGCUGCGUUUNUUGUCGAGGGGUCGCCUCUGGCUGCGUUUAGCAGGAACACCACUGCACAGCGGCUUCAACCAACAGGAUGGUCUUUCUCACGUGGAAAGGUGGAUCAAUCCGGGAAUUGUGCUCGCUGGGGCCACACCGCCCCUGGCAGCCCCCAGCGGCGGUCAGCUUUCCCUCUCCGCGGACCAGGCCAUGAGCUCCCGGCAGACCGGGCCAGCUCCGCGUGCACUGGGCCGGCUCCCGCUGCGCAGAGGGCCGCCAAGGCUAAGGAGGCAGCAGGGGCAGAGCGGCCAGCUCUUGGACACAGAAGGCCGGGCCGGGAGCCAGACCCAAAGCAAGAUCCAGGACGGAUGCAACAACAACAUUCUGGCCCACGCCUGCUCCCGUGGCUGCAGCAGCUAAGCCACCACCUGCGGCCACCUGACCGGACUGCGCACAUCUCUGUCCUGCCCACUGAAAGCCCCUCUCUGUGCCACGAUGGUCCCUGUCUCACCCCUGAUGACAUCAGAUGCAGAGAGAGCCUUGAGCUUGGAGCUGGGAAGCCCAUGUUCUGGUCCCAGGUGCCAGACUGAUUCUCUGCGUGGCUUUGGACAACCUUGCCCUUCCUGUGCCUGUUUUUUGCAUCUGCCAAAGGGUUAAAACAGCUCUCUGUCCCACCUCUAACUGUAAGGUUAUUGGGAGAAACCAAAUGUGGAGCAGACGUGCAAAACCUGUGACAUUUAUGAAAUUGCUUACACAGGCAAAAAACCACCUUGAUAUUCGAAGUGCACUCCCAACUUUGGGGAGUAAAGCAAUUAGACCAUCCCAACUUUGCAAUUCGGUCCAUCAUGGCUCGUCACACAGCACUUUUGAAAUGCCAGCCCGGUGGCAAAAUAAACAUGUCUGCGCCUGCUCUUUCAAUGGGAACACCAGUCCCAAAUCCCAGAGCAAAACCUGAAGUGUCUUCGUUUGCCUUCUCUGCCAGGCCAGUCUUUCUGACCCUCGAAGAGGGUGUGGCCUGCACACCCGCCUGGUCCCCUGGGUCUCGAUGCUGCAGGUGCACGUCUGCCCUUAUUCACAGAAGACUGCCUCCCACCUGUAAUUUCAGCAGCUCCCCACCCCCACCCCACCCCCUGCGCAGGGAUGGCAGGCAGAUGCCCUUCAGAAGGUCAAGUCCCUGACUAUCAGUCACCCCUAUCGAAUGCCACCAGAAUUCGUCCAAAACCAGUCCCACGGCCAAAUUCUGAGUCCCCAUCCCUCCUUCUAGGUGUUUUUCCUGCGAAGGGUAUGGUCUCCUCAGCAUUGUCUUAAAGAGGGUCCCCAAAUGCCAUUGAUGAGGUGACCCUGUAUUGAUGGAUGAAGAAGCAUGGGUGCCUAGGAAGUUCACUCUGGAAGGACAGUAGACUCACACAAGGAACAAACUGCUGAAUGACCUGUUCGGGGAGCGCUCGGCCUCCGAGUGGGGAGAAGCUCUAGCACCAGGGACAGAGCUCAGACGUGGAGUCAGGCUCGCUCGGAAUCCAGCCCUGCUGUUUACUAACCGGAAGACCUUAGGCAAACUGCAUAAUCACUUCUGUGUCAUUUCCUUGUUUUGAAGCGGUGAUGAUAAAACCAGCCUUGCACGGUUGUCAUAGGGCCAACAGCAUCCGGUGCGUGACACACCCAGCGUGCACCGCUCACUGAAUGGUAAGCACGUUUUGUGGGCAUCACCAUCAUCGUCUGGAGAAACUUUGCAAUUGCUCAGUUAGCAGGUCACUUUCUGUAGAAAUAAGCUUGGUGUUUAGGAUUCCUUGCACUUUUCUUCUGGAGUCUUUGUCUAUCCCUGUUAAAAUUUCAGGUGUGUUUUUAUUUUUUCUUCCAACUUCUGGUUUUUACUUUUUACAUCACGAAUCAAUCUUCGGGGCUGUCGACGUCAUCUCUUGGAUAUCUUAAGAGACAUCUUAAUGGAUGGUGUGGUUUUAUAUUUUUAUUUUAAAAACAGGAAAUGGUCAUUAUUUUCCUCCUUUGAACCAAGCCUAUUUCUUGGUUAUGUUGCCCACGUAAGUCUACUUGUCUUGCACACUUGUCACUCUCUGUCCCCCAUCAGCACUGUCCUGUUCCCUCCAGGAAACCACAGGGCUGCUCCUCUCUUCACUGUGACCCGGGCAGCACAUCAGAAUUCUCGCUGGGAUGAAUUUGUGAAGUAGGGGGCAGGAGCUGGAAGCAGC